AUGAUGGAAAUAGCCAAGUAUGGAGAGUCUCGAGAUUCAAUUGAGAUUGAAAGUCCAAAAGGAAGAUUGAGAAUGAUUGGAAUUAAGAAUAAUGAAUAUAUGGGGAAUAUGGAUGGAGAGUUUGACGAGCUAAAUCAUGAAAUUUAUGAAUUUAUUCACCAAUGUUUGAAUACUGAUGAUUCAGAUCUGUUAUUUCCAACUUUUGAGGAGCAGUUACAGAGUACUUGUAUUAGUAAUGGGAGUGAAGCUGUUGGGGCUGAGAAUAAAUAUAUAGAUGCAAACACUCUCCAGGAAAAUGGGGAAUCUUUUAAAUUCGGAUUUGAAAGCGAAAACAGUUCCCAGUGUGUGAAUCUUAAACAAAAUGAGAAUGCUGCAAAUAGUAUGAGUGGGUUUUCUGUUACAUUUGAGAAUACCUUUGAUUUCAAUGGGAUAUUACUCAAGGCUUCGUUUCUUGGAAAGACUGAGGUAAUUAAGUCAUGCUUAGAUAAUGGAGCUGACGUCCUCUAUACUGACAAAGUUGGACGCACUGCAUUGCAUUAUGCAUCUGCUUGUGGGUGGCUUCCAACAAUGAAGCUACUUCUCAAGUAUAAUUGUGAUAUAAAUCGCAGGGAUCACAAGCAGUGGACAGCUCUUCAUAUUGCAGUUUCAAAGAAAUUCCCAGAAAUUGUGGAGUUACUACUUUCUUCUGGAGCAGACUUAAACUUGGGUCUUCCACAUACAUGUGCACCAUGUAGAGGAGGCCCAAUUUCUAGUAAAGCCAUUCACUUUGCUGCAAUUAGAGGAAAUCGUAUGAUCACAGAGACACUUAUAAAGUAUGGUGCAGAUAUUAAUGACAAAGAUGAAGAUGGGAAGACUCCUUUGCAUUACGCAAGCUUCAGGCCCAAUUCAGAUUACAUAAAGUGGUUAAUUGAGAAAGGAGCUGAUGUAAAUGGAAAGGACAAGUAUGGUAGGACUCCUCUCCAUGUCGCAUCUUUAUCGGGAAAUCUUGAAAUUACCAAGAUUCUUGUGGAUAAUGGUUCUCAAAUUCAACUUAGGGAUAUUUGGGACAUGUCUCCUUUAAGCCUUGCAUCAACUAGAGAACAUCCUGAAAUGGUUGCUUAUUUGGAGUUGAUUUCUGGCGAGAAAGCUUCUGAAAUCUCCGUUAUUAGAGGAUUUGAACUAGAUGCCAUGGAGUCAAUCGUAUUAAACACUAUAAUCACAGGGUUACAGGAGCCAAAAAAGGAAUUCUUAGCUAGAGUCAUAAAGACUCUUGGAGCGCAAAGAAGCCUUCAACUUUAUGAAAAUGCUAUGAAGAUUGAGAAUUCAGGCGGACUAUUGACGGCAGACAGGUCAAGAAAAAAAACUAUUGGAGGAGUUUUUUGCCACCUUCUUAAGCAGCUUGUUUCUGAAAACAAAAUUACCAUGCAAGAAUGGAACUACAUUAGGCAAGAAGAGAAAGAGAGAAUUAACGCUAAAAAUAUUCUAAAACGUAAUAAUAGAAGAAGUCAGGUCUAG